CAAACCUCCUGAUUCAGAUUCUCUCUUUCUUUCUUUUUGCUCGAACCAUCCCAAACAAAAACUACAAAUUAAACGAAAAUACCCAAAAAGAUUAAAAAUAAAAACAAAGAUCAAUUCAAAAUUCGAAAAGGAAAAGCUUUGAAGUUCGUAGAAUAACCCUUAUUGUUUAUUUCUAGGUUUAUUUGAUUCAUAUUUUCCCCUCUUGUAGUGCGUACUGUUGCUUUAAUCGAUUCCAAAACCGGUGCUCACUUAUUCGAUUUUGAGAUCUUUGUCAUUCGUUUAGGGUUUCUGAUUGCUGUUAAAUUUUUGGACUUUCUGUCUAUUCCUCGACCUUUGUUGUGGUGAUGAUUUAGGCCCUGUGGCAGUUUAGGUUUAAGUACUACCAGUUUUUUGUUGUAUAGAAGUAGGAGAUUGCCGGAGUUUUAGGGAAGUUAAACAUCAACUUAUAGAGAUUAUCUCCUUCAUGGAGGUCUGAUGGGGCAGAGCAGAGAUGUUAAGGUCAGCGUUACUGUGUGAUGGGCAUGAUGUGGGCUGUGUUGCCUAAAUAUGUGAUGUCAUCCCCAUGGUAAAAGUUUGGAAAUUUGGUGGUAAGUUAUUUAGGCGAUUUAAUGAAAUGUAAAUGAGAGUUGCAGCUGAACUUCUUCACUCUUUGUAGCAGAAAGGUGUAUUUAUUGGCUCUUUUUUUUCUGUUGAAAAAGGUUAUGUUUUAAAGAAUGGAUGAUCUUCAUGAAUUGUUGGUUGGCAAGAAUACAAGUGACGUGACCGAUUCACGCUUUUUUAUCCUUUCAUGCUUUCUUGCUGGUCUCGUUGGAAUCUUGACUAUAGCAUUCACUGCUUUUCAAUGGAGAAGAGACUUAAAUUUGAAUUGGAUGAAAGCUAUAGCAAGAUCCAAAAAGAAUCCGAAGACAAGGAACAAAUCGCCCGAAGCUUUACAUACUUGGAUUUUGGAAUCUGUAACCCGUGCAAAGAAUUGUAAUUGUUGUGUGUGCUUAAAAUCCUUUACUCCCUCACAAACUCUUGGACCAAUGGUGGCUUCAGACAGUUUUAUAAACCGAUGCAGCAUUUGUGGAGCAGCUUCUCACCUAGGUUGUUCCUCAAACGCACACAAGGAUUGCAAGCGUGUAUCAAUGCUAGGAUAUGAGCAUGUUGUACACCAAUGGGCUGUUCGGUGGAUAGAGAUCACAGAUCAAACUGAUGAAACUUCUUUCUGUAGCUAUUGUGAAGAGCCAUGUAGUGCAUCUUUUCUCAGUGGAUCUCCCUUAUGGUGUUGUCUAUGGUGCCAAAGGCUAGUGCAUGUUGAUUGCCACACCAGCAUGUCUAAUGAAUCUGGUGACAAAUGUGAUCUUGGUCCUUUGAGAAGGUUGAUUUUAUCUCCACUGUUUGUCAGGGAAUUAGGCCAGUCAUCUUCUGGUGGAAUUUUGAGCUCAAUUACUCAAGGUGCAAAUGAAAUUGCUUCAACCGUACGUGGACGUAUUAGAAGCCAAAGCAAAAAACAUAAGUAUACAAACGGUUCUGCAGUUGAUUUGGGUAGUGAUAGUAAACCAGGUGAUACUUUAACUGAUAGUACUUCAGGUACCAGUGUAACAGUUAAUGGAUCUCAUACCAUGGAGGACAACUGUAAUGGUAGUGGCAGCACAGGAGAUCAGUGUAAUGGAAAUGUAGAUAAACAUACAGAUUUAAAACCUGAUCUUAAGAGAAGUACAUCUAAUACUCACAAAGAUGACCAGGUUGUUCAAAAACAGAGAUAUGUGAUUCUUGAUCUGCCAUCUGAUGCAAGACCGCUCUUAGUGUUCCUCAAUAAGAAGAGUGGGGCACAACAAGGAGACUCGCUUCGGGUUCGCUUGAACAUGCUACUCAAUCCAGUUCAGGUUAUUGAAUUGGGCCCAAAUCAAGGACCUGAGGUCGGCUUAUACAUGUUCAGAAAGGUGCCACAUUUCAGAAUUCUCGUAUGUGGAGGAGAUGGAACUGCUGGUUGGGUUUUGGAUGCUAUAGAUAAACAGAAUUUUAUUUCUCCUCCGCCAGUUGCUAUUCUUCCAGCAGGGACGGGAAAUGAUCUUGCAAGAGUUCUUUCUUGGGGUGGAGGACUUGGCUCAAUAGAGAGACAAGGAGGUCUCUGCAGUGUAUUGCAUGACAUAGAGCAUGCUGCAGUGACCAUUCUUGACCGAUGGAAGAUAGCAACAUUGAAUCAGCAGGGAAAACAACUACAACCCCUCAAAUUUAUGAACAACUAUCUAGGGGUUGGUUGUGAUGCGAAAGUUGCUCUAGACAUACAUAAUAUGAGGGAAGAGAAUCCUGAGAAGUUCUACAGCCAGUUUAUGAACAAAGUCCUUUAUGCUAAAGAAGGGGCAAAGAUUAUAAUGGACAGGAUAUUUGAAGAUUUUCCUUGGCAAGUUCGUGUUGAGGUAGAUGGUGUUGAGAUUGAAGUCCCUGAGGAUGCAGAAGGUGUUCUUGUAGCAAACAUUGGAAGCUACAUGGGGGGUGUGGACUUGUGGCAUAAUGAAGAUGAAAACUUUGGCAAUUUUGAUCCUCAAUCAAUGCAUGAUAAAGUUUUGGAAGUUGUGAGCAUAUCAGGGACAUGGCAUUUGGGAAAGCUCCAGGUAGGGCUUUCCCGAGCUCAGAGGCUUGCGCAAGGGCAAAACAUCAAGAUCCAGUUAUUUGCUGCCUUGCCUGUCCAGAUAGAUGGGGAGCCAUGGCUGCAGCAACCUUGUACAUUGCACAUCUCUCAUCAUGGCCAGGCGUUCAUGUUGAAGAGGGCAGGUGAAGAACCUCUUGGUCAUGCUGCUUCAAUACUCACAGAUGUACUGGAAAAUGCAGAAUCCAGUCAUGUUAUCAAUGCUACACAAAAGCGAGCUCUGCUGCAAGAAAUGGCAUUACGUUUAUCCACAUAGACGCAUUCCAUGAUUCCGGUGCCCUUGGUGGUUUGUAUUAUGAAAUUUUGGAUGUGUAUAGCUGCCUUAUCUUCUGUUGUAGGUUCUCAAUGUGAGGUUUGCACUUCUCUCAGAAAAUGCAUGGCUUUUGUAGGAUACUAGGAUCCUUUCCUUGUUGUGCUUAAGGGAAGUUUUUGCUCUUCUUUUCCCUUGAUUGCCAUAUACUCCUUAUGCAUCGUCUGAUUUGUACAGUUGUAAAGUUUUUAGACACAGCGUGGUUUUCAUUUUAGAACCUGCAA